UCGGCAUGUUUAGUCUUCCCCAAAGGUCCGCAGUCUCUGGUCAUCUCCUGUACUAUGUCCGUAAUCUCUGCUCAUCUCCUGUACUAUGUCUCUGGUCAUCUCCUGUGCUGUGUGCGCAGUCUCUGGUCAUCUCCUGUACUCUGUCCACAGUCUCUGGUCAUCUCCUGUACUAUGUCUGCAGUCUCUGGUCAUCUCCUGCACUGUGUCUGCAGUCUCUGGUCAUCUCCUGUACUGUGUCUGCAGUCUCCGGUCAUCUCCUGUACUGUGUCCGCAGUCUCUGGUCAUCUCCUGUACUGUGUCCGCAUCUCUGGUCAUCUCUUGUACUGUGUUCUCAGUCUCUGGUCAUCUCCUGUACUGUGUCUGCAGUCUCUGGUCAUCUCCCGUACUGUGUCCGCAGUCUCUGGUCAUCUCCGCAGUCUCUGGUCAUCUCUUGUACUGUGUUCUCAGUCUCUGGUCAUCUCCUGUACUGUGUCCGCAGUCUCUGGUCAUCCCCUGUACUAUGUCCGCAGUCUCUAGUCAUCUUCUGUACUAUGUCUGCAGUCUCUGGUCAUCUCCUGUACUAUGUCUGCAGUCUCUGGUCAUCUCCU